AUGGACUCGACCGGCGCCCCUCGUCCCCGCCCGCGGCCGGCACACACCCAGGGCACGACCCGAUGCGCCUACACCACGGACGGCAGCCGGCUGGUCACGGUGGGCUCUAACAACACGAUCCGGCUCUACAAGACGGGCUCCGACGGCGAGCCGACAAACAUUGACGACUGCCAGGAGCAAAACGUCGCCGUGGCCGCGGCCCAGGACUUCUUCGUCGUCGGCUCCGAGGACGGCACCGUCAGCCUGUACUCGCUGGCCACGGCCAACUUCGACCGCUUCCUCGUCCGCACGUCGCUCCCCGUGCGAGACGUGGCGCUUUCCGGCGAUGCGCAGUGGUGCGCCGUGGCCAGCGACGAGCUGACCGUCAAGGUCGUCAACACGCAGGACAUCAAGCAGCUGCGGCACCUCAACGAGCAUGGUCGGGCUGCUCGAUCCGUCAGCCUGGACCCCAACGGCCGGAUUGCCGCCUUGUCGUGCGUGGACGGCAUCAUAUACAUCUAUUCGCUGACGGCGGAGCAGCCCGAGCUGAUACACAAGGUCGACGGCGUGAUUGGCGCGGGGGACGCAGACUCAGAGGCCUCGGUCAAGGCCGUCUGGCAUCCGGACGGCAGGGCGUUUGCCGUUCCGACUCCGACGCGAGAUAUCCAGGUUAUUUCUAAGAACGACUGGGAGAAGCAGCGGGCCUUCACCAACGGACACUCGGCCGACAUCACCGCUCUCGCCUGGUCGCCCAACGGAGUCAUGCUGGCGUCGGCCUGCAAGGGCGGAAAGGUGCUGAUCUGGGAGAGCAGCACGCAGAACGUCAUCCAGCGCUACGAAUAUGCCAACGUCCUUGAUCUGGCGUGGCACCCAUCCAAGAACAUACUCUCCUUUACGACGACGGAGGGAGAGGUCUACAUCUACCCCGACUUUCUUCCCGACCAGUUCUCUCCGAUGCUGAAGCUGCCGGUGCAGCCAGCCCCCUUUAUCCACGAUCCCUUGUUGGAGAUAUCCGCCAACAGAAGAGCCGCUGUGGCGAAUGGGGCGAAGCGUGACAUUCCUACACGCCCUCGUCGGGACUCUCUGGGCAGUCUUGACUCUUAUCUGCAAGAUGAGAACUACGCAGACGGCGACGACGAUGGCUUCGUCGUGGACGACGACGGCGCUGGGUAUACAAUCGGCCAAAAGAGGGGCUACGUGGCCGACGAUGUUAUUGGUGGUGGUGAAUACGCCAACAAACGAAGGCAUCUCAUGGAACCGCAGUAUCAUGAAGCCUUUCAGCCUGGAUCGACGCCGUGGAGGGGAAACCGCAAGUAUCUCUGCCUGAACCUCAUCGGAUUCGUCUGGACGGUGGAUCAAGACGGACACCAUACCGUCACGGUUGAAUUCUACGAUCACGAGUUCCAGCGUGACUUUCACUUCACGGAUACCUUUCUGUACGACAAGGCAUGUCUCAAUGAGCGCGGCACCCUAUUCUCGUGCCCCCCAAGGGAUGACCAGCCGGCGACCAUCUUCUACCGUCCUCAUGAGACCUGGACGCAGCGGACCGACUGGCGAACACAGCUUCCCAACGGGGAGGUUGUCACCGCCAUGUCACUAAGUGAGUCCUUUGUGACGGUGGUGACGAGCGCCAACUAUGUGCGCAUCUUUACGCUGUUUGGGAUUCCAUACCGGGUCUACCGCCCCAAGAGCGCGCCCAUGGUUACUUGUGCGAGCUGGAGAGACUAUGUUCUCACGAUUGGUAACGGCCCUGUCACCGCUGACGGCAACACGCGACUUUUAUACACGAUUGAGAAUGUCAAGAGAGACGAGAUCUGCCAGAAUGAGGAUACGGUGGCACUUCCCGAAGGCGCGACAUUAAAGAGCGCCUUCUUUUCUGACAAUGGCGAUCCUUGCAUAUACGAUUCAACAGGCACAUUGCUCACACUACUACACUGGCGUCAGCCGUCGCGGGCCUCUUGGGUGCCCCUGCUAGACACCAAGCUUCUGCCCCGUCUCGCGUCUGGCCGGAAGAGCGAGACGUAUUUCCCCAUUGCCGUGGCAGAGAACAAGUUUCACUGCAUCAUCCUCAAGGGUGGCGACCAAUAUCCUUACUUUCCCCGGCCCCUGCUCUCCGAGUUUGACUUUUCUAUUCCACUACACUCACUUCCGGAGCCCAAGGCAAAGAAGAACAGGGGCGACGGAGAGGAUGCGAUCAUGAACGACGACGAUGAUGAAGAGGAAGAAGAGGAGGGUGCCGAGACGAAGAAGCUGGAGCAACAGUUCAUGCUCAAGGGCGUGCAAGCGGCCCAGCUCCGCGACCUCGUCGACGCCACGUCCGGAAGCCAUGCCCAGCGGUCACUGCUUUCGCGGAUCGAGCUGGAGAUUGACAAGACGCUGCUGCAGCUGCUGGCGGUGGAGUGCCGCGAGGGCGAGGAGAGGGGCAUGCGCGCGCUGGAGAUGGUGGAGCUGAUGCGGGACCGCACCGGCCGGAUGAUGGAGGCGGCGUACAAGGUCGCGGAGCGGUACGGGCGGACGAUUCUGGGGGAGAAGAUCCGGGAGAUUGGUGAGAGUAGGGUCAGUGGGGAUGAUGAUUUCUGA